AUGGAUAAAACAGCGUUGGAAAUUCAAAGGGCUAGAUGGGGUAUCUCGUCUUCAAUGGUGUUCUCGUCAUCGGAGAGUAACUCUGAUGACGAUAGUAAUUCACUGCGUUUGAAACCCAGAACUUCUAAAAAAGUUACAUGGGACGAUGAACCAUCUCAACCAACCAAUUCCAGUCGAACUGGUAAGAAAGGAUCGAUGGAAAGGAAGCUAGUUGCUCAACUUGGGAACCUAUGUCAUGCUCCGAGGGGGUUAGAGACCGGACAGGACAACCUCACAUCAUCAAAGCCUCUUCAUCCCGAAACUUUCCAUCACAGUUAUCAUCAUCCAUCAUCUUCAGCACAGUUUUUCGGAGCAGGCGCAGCCAAUAUUCCUCCAAGGUCACCAAUGAGCAUUAAUAACAUUGCGGAGAAAGGAUUUACAGCCACAGAACCGGCGAAUAUCGAUAAUAUCAAUCAGGAUCUAAAUAUUGACUUAUCAUUUCGUAAACGUCGUAUGGAUGCGUUUAGAAGGAACACGAAGUCGGAUAUCCCUAAACUAGGAGUUAUCGAAGCAAAGCAGCCAGGGUCAGUGCUUCAAAAAACGCAUUUGAGCUCGGAUCAAUCCGUUGGUGAUAGAUUCAAAGAAUACCAGGAACGGGCUUUAGGAAAUCACCGUGCCCCCCCGAUCCAUCAUUCAUUCCCUCCCUUAAGUGCACCAGCAGACACCGCACAGAUCGAUGAACAACGCCCAAAAAGUCUCGAUAGAGACAUUUGCACAUGUGGGAAACGUCAUACUAAAAGCUCCGAGAAUGCAGCUCCCCAGAAGCUUGAUAGUGACACUUCUGGUAUGGCGCCAGAGGAUCCUGAUAUCACACGCGAUGUUCCAUGCACACAAUUGGCAGACCGGGUCACUAGCGGAAGACCUAUUAGUAUCAAUACUGAGCAUUUGUACCUCUGCAUCUAG